AUGAAGGGUGAUGUCGUUGGACCGACUCUCAGUAAAAAGUUGGAAUAUGCCACCACUGAAAAUGUCCUUAAAUUGUCCUAUGGAGCGGCAGAAAACGUUUUCUUUGAACUUGGCUUCAACCUGCAGCUUUUAUUUUACCUACGAGGUGGCGGUUACCUUCCAAAAAGUGUUUUACUGGCAGGAAUCAACUACUGCUCCGUGGUGCUUCAGAAAGGCUUCACAUACUUCGAUAACUCCACUGGUGCCUUCUGUAACUUUAGAGAUCACAAGGAUAGGCCACAUGCCCUUCCAACGGCAUUUGCACUCUGGAAUAUGCAACUCGCGCGUCUGACAGAAUGGGAGCGGUACAUUUUUGUGGAAGAUGAAACUUUCAUUAGAGCUAUCACAUUCCUUCUCGAUACACAGGUGAAUACAUCUUCUGGAGCAAAUUCUCAACUUAUCGGAAGUUGGCCCGUGGAUGGAGAAGGCAUUGUAAUUGUCGACAGAAGAUUUGUUCCUCCGGUAAAUGCCUCUAUGAUUACGGAUGCAGUAGAAUAUGAAGCCCAUAGAAGACUGCCCACUGCAGCGAUGGUUGUGAUCAGUUUGAGGGCCUCUGGUACCUCACCUCCAAGUGGUCUGGCUGCAGAACGAGCUUCAAAAGUUGUUCAGGCAGCGGUGAAUUUCAUCCGACAACACGUGCUGAAUGUGGAAGAUUUGUUCGCAAAGAUUAUAGCAACUUAUGCAUUGCAAGUAGCCGCCGGUUCCAGUGCUCAAAAUGAACUUACGCAGGCAAUGAAACAGAUUGAAGCACGGCGUUUGAAGGCAGACCACGUCUACUACGCCAACUAUCCAAUCCCGCCACCCCUCUACGAAAUAGAUCAAGCAGGCCGACGAAUUGAAAACCCACGUGGAGAGUGGCCUAACGACGGUUAUGGAGUUGUCUGUUCAGCUCUAAUGUUCCUUAUCAAACUGGAGACCAAUGCUUGGAGUCCAUCAGUUGAGGAGGCUCAAGAUAUGGUCAUGUGGCUCACGAGUCAGAGAAACCAUGUCUCCGGUUUCAGUAGCACCUUUGAUUCCUUAGUGGCACUUACGGCCCUUCGAAAAUAUGCUCUUGCUGAUAAGAAUCGAGCCCUCUACAAAAUGACCAUCAAUCAAAAGAUUAGCUCACUCAAACAGUGGGAGCCAACUGUCCUUAUCGUGCCCGACAACUACUCAACUUUAUCUCAAACUUCCUAUCCUCCAAGGUCAGUCUGGGGUGAUGUGACUUUGGUGGUAGAAGGAACCGGACUGGUCACUCUUCAGUUGGAUGUCAGUUACAAUGUCGAAUUUCCUGAUAUCCAACGUGAACCUCUCAACCCACAAAAUCUCCUUGAAUUCUAUCCCAGUUUCGAUAUCGAAUGCACGCCCUUCUUCUCGGGAAGAAAUCACUCCUUCAUGCGAAUGUCAGUUUGUGGUAGUUGGACGGGAAAUCAUCCAUUGGAACCAGCUAAUGAAAGCGGAAUGGCGGUGUUUAAGGUUCGAGUUCCUACGGGAUACGUGGUGUUGAAUGAUGAACUUCGGGAUUACGUGCGCAGUAGUGCGGUUCCUCGAUUGAAAUAUGCAAGGUUUCUGCAACAACAUGUGCACUUCUUCUUUGAUAAGCUGACAACUGAACGAACGUGCGUUGAAUUUAACGCUUCGCGUUUCUACCCAGUUGCUAACAUGACUGAUCACCAAAUAUGCUAUGCUUAUGAGUACUAUGAACCAGGCAAGUACCAUUCUUGUACAGUUCUAUCCCCUCUAGCUUAA